AUGUGGUGCACAACGCCCGAAAUUUCAUGGCAUAAUCGUGAUCCAGUUCUAAGUGUUGAUAUACAGGCUGGAAUUUACGAAACUUCAAAAGGUGAAAUUUUCUGGCGACUCGCAACAGGCGGUGCCGAUUCACACGUUUUGAUAUGGCAUUUAACAACAAAUGAAAGUGGAGGUGUUUCUGUGAAAUGCGUAGCUGAUUUAGAACGACAUCAAAGAGCGGUGAACGUAGUACGAUUUGCACCUUCAAAGGAUAUUUUAGCUUCAGGAGACGAUGAAUCAACUAUUAUUUUGUGGAAACAAAAGGAUGAUUGUGAAUUUUUCAUUGGUUUUGAUGAAACUAAAGAUAAAGAACAAUGGACUACUUGGAAAGUAUUAAGGGGACACCUUGAAGAUGUUUAUGAUAUCAGUUGGUCUGCAAAUUCUAAUAUGUUAGUUUCUGGUUCUGUAGAUAAUACAGCCAUUUUGUGGGAUAUUCACAAAGGACGUUCUAUAGCUAUAUUAUCUGAUCAUAAGGGUUUUGUACAAGGAGUUUCAUGGGACCCUUGUAAUCAAUAUAUAUGUACAAUAAGUACAGACAGAAUAUGCCGUUUGAUUCACAUAAAUACCACAAAAACAAUACAACGGGUUUAUAAAGCUAAAAUUCCAACUCCACCUGAACAUUCAAUAAAAGAUAAAACAGUACACUUAUUUUAUGAUGAUACUUUCAAAUCAUUCUUCAGAAGAUUAACAUUCUCUAUAGAUGGAUUAUUACUUAUUGUACCUUCUGGAAUAAUUGAACCUUUAGAAACUACAGAAAAAAUAUCUAAUGCAACUAUCAUUUUUUCAAGACACAAUUUGAAAGAACCUCUUAUGAUUCUACCUUCUUUGGAUGAAUGUACUAUUGCAGUUCGAUGCUGUCCAAUUUAUUUUGAAUUACAAAAAGGUGGUCCAACACCUGUGAUAACAUUGCCUUACAGAAUGAUAUUUGCUGUUGCAACACAACACUCAGUAAUCAUAUAUGAUACUCAACAAAUUUCACCAGUUGCUGUAAUAUCAAAUAUUCAUUAUACUAGAUUGACUGAUGUUACAUGGUCAAGCGAUGGUAGGAUAUUAAUUGCAUCCUCAACUGAUGGUUAUUGUUCUAUAAUACGUUUUCAAAAUGGUGAACUAGGUGAAGAGUACAAAAGACAAAAUAGUACCCCAACAAAAUCUACCACCAUUAACAAUGAUUAUAAGCAAUCUCCAACAAAAAAUGUAACUAAAGAACUUUUAUCAACUACUGAUAUAGAUAACAGUGCCAUGGAUAUUGAUAUUGCCAAGUAUGAGAGAACAGGUUUUCUUAAUAAGAAUUCAGAAAAUUUACUAAGUCAAAGUAAUAAGUUAUCAGAUCAUACUAAUGACCAAAAAAAAGAAUUAAGUAAUGAGAUGCAAAUUGAAGAAACUGAAGAUAUUAAAUUAAUUUAUAAUGAAGAAAGUACUAUUGGAGGUACUAAAGAAAAUAUAAAAAAUUCACCUCCAAAGUCAAUAAUACCUUCGGUAAUUACUUGUAAAACGCCUCGGAGGGUACAAUUAAUUACACUUUCCAGUCCAAAGGGACUUAAAAAGGAGUAA